AUGACGUCUCCUCUCCGUUAUCCAGACGAAGAUGCGACCGCAACUUCUUCCUCUAUGGUCGAGACUGUCGUGCAAAUUGAUUCAGAACCACAUAAAUAUGAUCUUGAUCAUAUUCAAGGCUUUGACUCCGUUCAUCCUUCAGAUGAACUUCGUCCACUCUCCCGGGAACUUGCCGAGCAAAGAUUAGCGAAGUUUGGUCCAAAUAUCAUCACCGCCUAUCAACCUUUAAGAUGGUACAAGAUACUAUACAACUCCGUCCUUCAUCCAUUCAACCUGAUAUUGGGUUGUUUUGCGAUCUUUAGCGGGGCGACUCUGGAUUUCAACACCAUGACUUUUCUCAUUGUCAUGAUUCUUAUGUCUGUUUUAAUUCGUUUUAGCCAAGAAUAUAAAAACGAACGUGCCGCUCAGGGUCUCAAGUCGAUGGUUAGUAAUAAAGUCACAGUGAUUCGUCUUUACGGACCGCCUGAUGAUCGUGAUCCAAAUUUUGAGGAUUUAAAGAAGAUGGAUCGUGGUGAGGUGGUUGAGGUUGAAAUUCCCUUGGAGGAAGUCGUCCCUGGAGACUGGGUGAAACUAUCAGCUGGUGACCUCAUUCCCGGCGAUCUGCAGCUACUAUCCUCUAAAGAUCUAUUUGUCUCUCAGGCUUCUUUGACCGGCGAGGCUAUCCCGGUUGAGAAAUUUGUCAUUCAGCAACGACCGCCGAUUUCUAUUGUCGUUGACAACUUAGAUGAGAAGCAAAAACCCAAAGCGGCGGAACUGGAUCAGCCUGACUUUUGUUUUAUGGGUACAUCCGUUGUUUCUGGUACCGCAAUUGGAUGUGUAUUAGAGACGGGAAGUUCCACUUUCUUUGGUAUUAUGGCCAAAAGUCUUGCCGGACGUCGGCCCGCUAAUGCUUUUCAGCAGGGGAUAAAGAAGGUCUCAUACUUCUUUAUAAUUGUGGUGUUCUGUAUGCUCCCUCCCGUGCUUUUAUUACAGGGAUUUUUAAAUCACGAUUGGUGGAAUGGCUUUCUGUUCGCUGCUGCAGUUGGCAUUGGUCUCACCCCCGAAAUGUUGCCGAUGAUUGUUAAUGCCAAUUUGGCACGUGGUGCAAUCUCCUUAGCGAAGAAAAAGUGUAUUGUCAAGAAUCUCGAUUCCGUUAUUGCCCUCGGUGGAAUGGAUAUCUUGUGCACUGACAAAACUGGUACAUUGACUCGUAACAAAGUUACGCUUAUAAAACACGUUAACCAUCUCGGAACACCGUGCCCGUUCCCUUUACGUUUGAGUUAUCUCAACAGUUACUUUCAAACAGGGCUUAAGAAUCUCAUGGAUGUCGCCGUUAUAGAAUAUUUCGAAAGCGAUGAAUCACAUGUUAACGACGAGGUCACCAAAGGAUUUCUCAAAGUUGACGAGAUUCCCUUUGAUUUUGUAAGAAGACGAAUGUCCGUCAUCUUAGAAACCGAUUGGGAUCCUGAUUAUAGAUUCUUGAUCUCUAAAGGAGCUGUUGAUGAGAUGUUGGAUUGUUGUGAAAAUAUCUUCUUAGGAAAAGAUAGUGACGUAGACUCGAGCAUUGACUGUCCUGAUGGCUUUUUCCCCACCUCAAAUAUCGUCCAACUUACUCCGGAAAUUCUAAAGAGUAUUAAAGAUUUAAAUGAAAACCUUAACAAUGAUGGUCUUCGGGUUAUUGCUGUCGCCUACAAACGGAUGAAAGAACGUGUCGAGCCAUUUACUGUGGCACAUGAAACGGGAUUGACUUUGGUCGGUUUUUGUGCAUUCCUUGAUCCCCCAAAGCCGAGCGCAAAACCUGCACUUCAAGAACUCUUUAAGUACAAUAUUUCUGUCAAGGUUCUUACCGGAGAUUCUCCGACCGUUUGUCGAAAGGUGUGUCAGGAAAUAGACCUUCCUGUGAAAGCCGUGGUCACAACCACAGACCUUAAUGAUAUUAAUGAUACGCAAAUGGAAGAGAUUGCGGAGAAUGCCACAAUAUUUGCAAAGUUAACACCGCUUCAAAAGGCCCAAAUUGUGAGAGCUUUAAAACGACGCGGCCAUAUUGUUGGUUUUCUUGGAGAUGGUAUUAAUGAUGCACCUGCUAUUCGAGAGAGCGAUUGCGGUAUUAGUGUGGACGAAGGAACCGAUAUCGCAAAAGAAUCCGCUGAUAUCAUAUUGUUAGAGAAAAAUCUCAUGGUGCUAGCGGAUGGUGUUAUUGGAGGGAGAAUUACUUUUGGCAACACUAUUAAGUACAUCAAGAUGGCUAUAUCUUCCAAUUUCGGUAAUGUCUUUAGUAUUCUGAUUUCAUCAGCAUGGCUUUCCUUCCUUCCUAUGUUGCCUAUCCAAGUUAUUGCACAAAACUUUUUGUAUGAUAUUUCACAAAUCGCAAUACCAUGGGAUAAAUUGGAUCCUGAAUUUUUGCUCGAACCAAAGCGAUGGAAUCCCAAGAGUAUCGCAAGGUUCAUGAUAUGCAUUGGUCCAUGGAGUAGUAUUUUUGAUAUUAGUACUUUUCUUUUCAUGUGGUACUACUACAAUUGCAAGGAAGAGACUCCCUAUCAUCAAUCUCUCUUUCCGUCUCCAAUUGUCCUCUUUGGUACGAUUACCGUUAUGAUCAUUGGAAUUGCUGUUCCAUUCACUCCGGUGAGACACCUCUUGGACAUGGUUAACCUUCCCGGAUUAUAUUUUGCGUACCUUGUGUCCGCAUUAUUAGGAUACUGGAUAUUUACCAGCAUAGCAAAGAAAAUUUACAUUUACUUAUUCAAAGAAUGGUUGUAG